AUGAUAUUAAGAUGUAUUUCAGCUGAUCGCCCUUGCGUUCAAAGAGUUUAUAAGUCCACAGAUCAUAACGUUGUUUGUGUCUGCAAUGCAACUUAUUGCGAUGAUAUUAAGCCUCUAAUUACCAUACCAAACGGCAAAGCUGUCAUUUAUGUGUCAUCUUUAGCAGGGAAACGAUUCAAAAAAUCUGUAAUAUCCGUUUCUGAAGAGGAAAUAACAGACGCUGCGGGCAUCAACCUUGUAUCAUUGAGUGAAGCGACACGAAAAAGGGCAUUAGAGGCGUAUUUUGGCGAGAAUGACGCUGCGGGAAUUAACCUUGUAUCAUUAAGUGAAGCGACACGAAAAAGGGCAUUAGAGGCGUAUUUUGGCGAGAAUGGAAUUGGAUACAAUAUGGGCAGAGUACCAAUUGCAAGUACGGACUUUUCCACUAGAGAGUACAGUUAUGCCGAUACUGCUGGUGAUAUGGAAAUGAAGACAUUUUCGCUGCUCGAAGAUGACCUCAAAUAUAAGAUUCCAUACAUUCUAACAGCAAUGAAUCUCACUGGCGGGGCUAUCAGGCUGUUUGCUUCUCCGUGGAGUGCUCCAGGAUGGAUGAAAACAAAUGGGAGGAUGAAGGUAAGUGAACAGUGGUUACGUCAACAUGUUGCAAAUUGGAGUGGAAACAGUGAUUUUUUCUUGGAAAACAUUUUAUGUAAACUAACUCUUCAUUAUACUUUCUUGAAACAUUUUGAAGCGUCUAAUAACUCAAUUCUGCAAAAAUCUCAGAUUCCAUAUAUUCUAACGGCAAUGAAUCUCACUGGCGGAGCUAUCAGGCUGUUUGCUUCUCCGUGGAGUGCUCCAGGAUGGAUGAAAACAAAUGGGAGGAUGAAGGGUGGAGGGAUGCUGAAAGGCGCAGUUAAUGGCGAGUACUAUCAAUCCUAUGCCAUCUAUCUAACAAAAUUUUUCGAAGAGUAUGCAAAGAAUGGUGUGCCAUUUUGGGGCAUGACACUACAGAAUGAGCCAUCUUCAGGCAUGUUACCGUUCUAUGGUUGGCAAACAAUGCUAUUCACUGCAGAUAUGGAAAGGGAUUUCGCCAAAGGCAUUCUUGGCCCAAUGUUUAAAAGCAACAAGGCGACGAAAGAUCUCAAAGUAAUGGCGCUGGACGAUAACCGGCUGUGGUUACCUAGGUGGGCGGACAAUAUAUUCAAUGAUCCUGAGGCCACAAAAUAUGUUGAUGGCAUCGGAGUACACUGGUAUAUGAAUGCUCUCGUGCCAGCUACAGCUUGUACAGGAUCCAUGGGUAUCCAUGGUCCUAUCUUGGGAGAUUGGUAUAGAGCUGAAGAGUAUGCUGAGGAUAUCAUAACGAAUUUGAACAAUUUUGUCUCUGGUUGGGUUGAUUGGAACAUGUGGUUGAACGAAAGAGGUGGUCCUACCUGGGUUAACAACUUUGUUGACUCUCCUAUCAUUGUCAAUGCAACAACCGAUGAAUUCUAUAAGCAACCAAUGUUCUAUGCAAUAGGACAUUUCAGCAAAUUUAUCAAAGCUGGCUCUAAGCGAAUAGCGACAAAAGUUGAUGGAAAACAGGCUGUCUUAGCUACUGCUGUCAAUUAUCAAGGACGUAGAACCCUAGUGCUACUCAAUCACCACGAUGAUUCGCAGGAUGUGGUGAUCACAGACUCCGCUACGGGACAUCAUAUUAGUUUGAAUGUUGAUCCACAUUGUGUAGUUACUGUAUUAUGGGAAAGGCAAUAA